AUGGCUUCAAAUGCAACAGUAAAAUGCCCAGCACCUAUGAAAGCCACCUCAAAUGGGGUGUUCCAAGGGGACGAUCCUCUCGAUUUUGCGCUUCCUCUUUUGAUCAUACAGAUAUGCUUAGUAGUCGUUCUAACUCGGCUGCUGGCCUAUCUUCUCAGGCCAUUAAGGCAGCCGCGGGUCAUUGCAGAGAUUAUCGGUGGAAUUCUACUCGGCCCUUCAGCCCUCGGCCGCAACAAGAAAUACCUCCAUGCCAUUUUCCCUCCAAGAAGCCUCACCGUUUUGGACACUCUAGCCAACCUCGGGCUCCUCUUCUUCCUCUUCCUCGUCGGGCUUGAGCUCGACCCGAAAUCCCUCCGCCGCACGGGUAAAAAGGCCGUAGCCAUCGCCCUCGCUGGAAUCAGCCUACCGUUCGCCUUAGGAAUCGGGACUUCCUUCAUACUCCGGGCCACCGUAUCCCAAGGCGUGGCCCAAGGCCCGUUUCUCAUCUUCAUGGGUGUGGCCCUCUCCAUCACGGCCUUCCCUGUCCUGGCCCGCAUUCUAGCCGAGCUGAAGCUCCUAACAACUGACGUGGGCCGCAUGGCCAUGUCAGCAGCUGCCGUGAAUGACGUGGCGGCCUGGAUUCUCCUCGCGCUCGCCGUGGCCCUUUCGGGCUCUGGCUCGGGCCGGAGCCCAAUCGUCUCCCUUUGGGUUUUCCUCUCCGGGCUCGGUUUUUUAACCGUGUUUACCUUUGUGGGCCCCCCCGUUUUCCGGUGGGUCGCGCGGAGGUGCCCGCAGGGCGAGCCUGUGGACGAGAUUUACGUGUGUUUGACUUUAGCGGCCGUUUUGGCCGCGGGAUUUUUGACCGACACGAUUGGGAUACACGCGCUUUUCGGGGCAUUCGUGCUUGGGGUACUUGUCCCGAAGGAAGGGGGGGCUUUUGCCGGGGCCCUCGUGGAGAAAGUGGAGGAUCUCGUAUCGGGCCUUUUUCUACCUCUGUACUUUGUGUCAAGCGGGCUGAAGACGAACGUGGCCACUAUCGAGGGGGCCCAGUCGUGGGGCCUAUUCGUACUCGUCGUGUUCACUGCGUGUUUCGGCAAGAUUGUCGGUACUGUUUUGGUCUCUCUUUUCAGCGGUAUCCCGUUUGUCGAGGCCUUGACGUUAGGUUUCUUGAUGAACACGAAAGGUCUCGUCGAGCUCAUCGUCCUCAACAUCGGGAAAGACCGAGGGGUUUUGAAUGAUCAAACUUUCGCCAUCAUGGUUCUAAUGGCUCUCUUCACGACGUUCAUUACAACUCCUACGGUGAUGGCCGUGUACAAACCGGCCGCAAUGGCGAAACGAGAGUACAAGCACCGGACCAUCCAGAGAAAAGACCCGAACACUCAGCUCCGAAUGCUGACGUGUUUCCACAGCACGAGAAACAUCCCAAGCUUGAUAAACCUCAUGGAGGCCUCACGUGGGACAGGGAAGAAAGGCGGGCUCCGCGUAUACGCCAUGCACUUGAUGGAGCUCUCGGAGAGAUCUUCCGCCAUAUUAAUGGUCCACAAGGCCCGAAAAAACGGGCUUCCCUUCUGGAAUAAUAAUAAUAAUCCGGACUCGAACCAAGUCGUGGUGGCAUUUGAAGCUUUCCAGCAUCUCAGCCACGUUACGGUUCGUCCCACUACUGCCAUCUCGCCUAUGUCGAGCAUGCACGAGGAUAUAUGCUCGGGAGCCGACCGAAAACGAGUCGCAAUCAUUAUCCUUCCAUUUCACAAGCACCAGGGGCUCGACGGGCGCUUUGAAACGACCCGAGCUGACCAGAGGCUCGUGAACCGGAAGGUUCUCGAGCAGGCACCGUGCUCGGUCGGGAUACUUGUCGACCGAGGGCUAGGAGGCUCGGCUCACGUCUCGGCUAGCAAUGUUGACUACACGGUUACGGCUUUAUUCUUUGGAGGGCCCGAUGAUAGGGAAGCGCUUUCGUAUGGGGCACUUAUGGCCGAGCACACGGGCAUUCGUCUUAAUGUUGUACGUUUUGUGGGCCGGCCCGAAAGCAGCGGCGGCGGCUCGGAGGAUGAGGAUUUUCUCACGGAUUUUAAGGUUAGGGUGUCGGAAGAUGGGUCGGUGGGGUACGAGGAGGUUGUUGUGGUGGUGGGGGAUAAUAAUCCGGGUGUGGUCGAUGUGAUUCGGGAUAAUGUUCGUUGUAACUUGUUUGUGGUCGGGAGGAUGCCGGAGGGUGAGGUGGCAGCGGGUUUGGAUAAGAAUGGGGAGUGCCCGGAGCUGGGGCCUGCUGGAAAUUUGCUGAUUUCGCCUGAGUUGAAGACGAGCGCUUCGGUUCUGGUGGUGCAGCAGUACAGGAGCCGGUUGACUGGUGAUUCACUGGCGUCUUUGAGGGACGAGUGCACGACAGACGAGGACUCAGGGUCGGCUAACCCGUUUACAGAUCGACCACCAUGGCAAGGAGCCGACACCCUCGGUCAGUACCGAAUUCGCGAGCAGAACCGGGCUGGAGGUGGAUUCGGACAUGGUGGUGAGCGCGACGACGAGGAAACCCUUGGAGCGGUCCAAUUUCGCAGCCGAAAGCGGCCUGAGGAUGCUUUUGACUGCCAAUUUCCGCUCAAUCGUGCUGCCCGAGGUGAUGGUCUCCGGAUACCUGCUUCAGGUUUCAGCCGUAAUCAAGAAUUUCGCAGAGGAAGGCCCGAUCACGUGGACUCAGCCUUCAAUGGGGUCAACCUGCCGCGCCGCCACUGGGACGACGGGUAUGUGGCUGCCGGCUACGACGGCGCAUCCCUUCGGGACAUGGAGGUGCCUGUUUUCAACAAAUUACAUUUUUUCGCGGAGGAGGGGAGCAAUGUCCGGCGUACUGAGGCGGGUUGGAGUCGAGAUGACCGGCGCAUCGCGGAGGACGCCGGCGACUACCGUUCUCGAGUUGCCUGGCCGGAUGAUCAAACCCUAGGCAAUUUUCGACCACGCGCACGGAGGAGACCAGACGGAGGUCGUACAAUAAUUUGGGAGUUUGACGGGCGAGGCGCAGCUGAGGUAGGUCUCGAUGGUCCUGAGCACGUCCGGCGAGCGAACCACGCCGGAGUAGCAGAGGUGCAGCGACGAGAUCGGAGAGAGGGCUGGUCUUGCGAUUUGGGAGAUGGCGGCCCAAUUUCAUUUAUUGGGACCAAGGAAUGA